UUGAAUAAAAAAUUUGCUGCUUCGUGUCCUUUCCGGCGGAGGCGUGUUUUACAAGCAGACGGUGAUGGAGGAGCAGCACUUGCACUACCCACGAGACCGUCGUCCCGACGCGCUCGGAACUCUGCAAAUCCUACCUGAUGAAAUCAUCUGCCUCAUUUUAGAAGCCCUUUCUCCUCGCGAUGUUGCCAAAUUGGCUACUCUCAGCAGUGUGCUAUAUAUAUUUUGCAAUGAGGAACCACUUUGGAUGAAGUUUUGUUUGAUUAACUUUGAAGGACCUCUUCAUUACAAAGGUUCCUGGAAGAAAACUACAUUAGAACAACUUUGUCUUACACAAGACACCUCAGAAAUCUCCAGAAGGCCUCUUCAUUUUGAAGGGUUCAAUUCUUUAUUUCUAUACAAGCGAUGGUACCGAUGCAAUGUUACAUUUGAAAGCUUUUCAUUUGACAAUGGAGCUAUAGAAAGAAGAGGAGACAUCUCUAAUGAGGAGUUCCACUUACAAUAUGAUGGAAAAAAACCGGUCUUAUUUACAGAUUUGGCCAAUGAUUGGAUUGCAAGACAUAUGUGGACCUUGGAGAAACUAGCAGAAAGAUUCGGAGAAGUUGAAUUUCGUAUUUCUCAAAGCAAUGCAAAUAAGAUUACUAUGAAAUUAAAGGAUUAUGUGCUGUAUGUGAAACUACAACAUGAUGAAGAUCCUCUGUAUAUAUUUGAUCCCAAGUUUGGAGAAGCUGCACCAGAUUUAUUGAAAGAAUAUAAUGUGCCACAAUUGUUUCAAGAAGACCUGUUUGAUAUCUUGGAUAAACAUCAACGGCCACCUUUUAGAUGGUUAGUUGUUGGUCCAGCACGUAGUGGUGCAUCAUGGCAUGUAGAUCCAGCACUCACAAGUGCUUGGAACACUCUCCUACAAGGGCGCAAGAGAUGGGCACUAUAUCCUCCUGGCAGGGUACCCCCAGGAGUAACAGUACAUGUGAAUGAGGAAGAUGGAGAUGUGAAUAUUGAAACCCCUUCAUCAUCACAGUGGUGGCUAGAUAUAUAUCCUCUACUUUUGGAAGAAGACAAGCCUUUGGAAUGCACUCAACUUCCAGGAGAGACAAUAUUUGUUCCAAGUGGUUGGUGGCACUGUGUGCUUAAUAUUGAGACAUCAGUUGCUGUUACUCAGAACUUUGUUAAUGACACUAACCUUGAGUUUGUGUGUCUUGAUUUGGCUCCUGGCCAUCGCCACAAAGGAGUUAUUCGUGCAGGAAGGCUUGCCUUGGAAGAGCAUGGGGUUUCGGAUGAAGAUGAGGAUGCAAGAAAUAUAAGCCAAGAUUAUUUGAACUCUGGCAGAUGCUCAUCAGUGAAAGAUAUAGUCUACUCUAUAGAUUGUCUUUCUAUGUAUUUAGAGGAGAAUCGUGAUCACUAUAAUUCAAACUGGAAUGAAAGCAACCCUCUAGGGAAAAGAGAGAUGCGGGAAUGGUUGCACAGGCUUUGGGAAGUGAGGCCAUCACUAAGAAAGCAGAUAUGGGAGGGUGCAUGCAUAGCUCUUGAUGCAGGUAAAUGGUUGGAUCGUGUCUCGAGUAUUUGUGCUUUUAACAAUUUACCCCUUCCCUCAGAGAGUGAGAAGCUUCCUGUUGGGAGUGGCAGUAAUCCGGUUUACCUAAUUGGGGAGUAUGUUAUCAAAAUCUAUGUUGAAGGAGGCUUAAAAUCUGCAGUUCAUAGUUUAGGAUCUGAGAUCGAAUUUUACAGUCUGCUACAUGACUCUGGAUCUCCAUUAAUUAACCACGUACCUUAUGUGUUAGCGAGUGGCUUCCUAUCUUUCCUUAAUGGUUCAUAUGAAUCUAUUUUGUGGGAUGGAAUAGAAGUUCCCUGUAUGUUUACGAAUUUUAAUCUGUUUUCUGAAAAUGACUUACCAAGCAAUUAUUCUUUUAGCACAUGGAAUAAGGCCAAGGUAGAAUCCAUUUUGUUAGGGAAAAAAAUGCCUUUUAAAGAGGAAAAUUGUUCUAAUGCGAGCAUGUCAAUAUGGCCAUAUCUUAUAACCAAGCGUUGCAAGGGCGAAGAACUUUGUCACGUCCGCACAAAACUAUCGAAAGAGGAACUUUUUGCUUUAGCUUCUUUCUUGGGAGAGCAGGUGCGUAAUCUUCAUUCUUUGGCACUGCCAUCUAUGCCAAGCUCCUGUAAAAGAAUGAAGCUAAACAACUCUAGCAAACUGGAUGCUGUACAACUACUCGACAAUAAAAAGAACACUAUUCCAAUGGUUUCAGUGAAGCUAAAUAGUUCUGUUCUGGAGGAUCCAGUCUAUGGAAAUUAUUGCAUCCCAGCAGAAUGGCAACCAUUCACAACGCUUAUGUGGAAACGGCGGGAAAAUGUCAAGGAUACUCUUAAAAAAUGGGGUGGCAGUACUCCCAAACACCUUAUAGAGAUUGUUGAUGACUACUUACCACAUGAUCCUCUGGUGUUACUUAACAUAUAUGGGGUUGAAAAUGGAUCAGUGCAAGUUCGCAAGUCUCCUAGAUGGCUUCACAUGGAUAUCAUGGAUGACAAUAUUCUGAUGAAGCCUGAUGUGUCUAACAAUUUGUUGCCUGAUAUAACACAGAAAUACAGUUCUACUAUGAAUUUAAUUGCUGAAAGCAUGGGUUUGGAGGAGCUUAAACAUGCCCAAGGAAACAAAAAAAAGGUUAUGUGUCCAAGUUACAUUCUUGACUUCAGCAACUUAUUUAUAGGGGAUCCUGUAUAUGAGCUUAUUGCAAUAUAUUUGGAUGUGUUUAGAGGCGAAUCAGAGCUUCUUAAACAGUUUUUGUUGAAUUACAAACUUCCUUUUCGUCCAAGGCUAGAAUGCAAACAACCAACCCAGCUUUUGGAGGGUGUUUUACGAGAUGAUUCUGAAAAAUCAGAGCGACUUUCAUACCAGGCAAUGUGUUAUUGCCUCUUGCACGAUGACAAUGUGAUGGGAGCUAUUUUCAGUAUAUGGGAGGAGUUGAGGAAUGCCACUUCAUGGGAAGAAGUAGAAAAAACUGUUUGGGGUCCUCUGAACGACUAUGAAGACUUUUUCUUGGCUUUCUAACAGGAAUUAGACAGAUGCUCUUUUAAAUAAAGUAAAUCAAAAGAAUAUUAUCGAUUUAUAUUGUUUGUCAUCAAGAAAAAUGUUGUGUUGCUAAUUUCGCCUUAUAUCUGUAGCCAUGGACGUGGUUUUAAACAUAACCCAGGGAAUCACCCAAGAAUGGAAAAUUUCAAGCAUGUAACCUUAUGUAUUUAUGGAUGGAAGUGGUGUUGGCAACUGUCAUAUAAUUUAUAGGUCCUUGAAACAACCUGCUUUCUAAUUUAAGGCCUUACUGUUGUACUAGUAAAAUUUAUUUCGCUAUUCUUUUCCCAUCCAGAGGAAUUUUAUUUGUUAUCGACUCAUUUAAAAACACUACUAAAUAAAUAUUGACAGAGAUCCUGUCAAUUGUUUUCUCAUU